AUGGUAGACCCGAAAUCCGUCGGCCUCCCCGAUGACCACUGGCGCCCCACGUACGAAGACAUCCAUGUCCUGAUCCGCGAUAUCUCGAACAAAGUGCGCGACGAGUUCAACCCCGACCUAAUGGUCGCGAUCGGCGGCGGCGGUUUCUUCCCUGCGCGCGUCCUGCGUACCUUCCUGAAGAAGAAGGACGAGGCGACGUCGAAGAUGCGCAAUGUUCCGAUCCAGGCGAUCGGCCUGAGCCUGUACGAGGAGGUGGCCGGUGUCUCGGAGGAGGCGAUCGGCAAGGAGGUCGUCCGUACGCAGUGGCUCGACUCUGGCAGCAGCUCCUCGUCGCAGGGCGACAAGAAGGACGCUGGCGGCCUGCUCGGCAAGAAUGUGCUUAUUGUGGACGAGGUCGACGACUCGCGCACGACGCUACACUAUGCGUACCACGAGCUUUUGAAGGACGUCAAGGAGGCGUUUGCGUCGCUGACACCUGAGGAGCAGGCCAAGCUCCCCCCCACCCGGUUCGCCAUCUUUGUUGUGCACAACAAGCUUGGCCCGAAGCGUGCCGAGCUUCCUGUCCUCGAGUCGGCUGCCGCGGAGAAGAUCGAGAACGGCGUGAGCACCGGUGUGUACUACUACGCCGCCGAAACCACGCCGCCGGUCUGGAUCGACUUCCCGUGGGAGCAGGUGGACAUUGUGGAGCACAACCGCCUCGCCGCGAUCGCCCGCGAGCACGGCCUCGGUCCUCCUCAUUAA